UCCAGACUCUGACAGCCUCACACAGCAGAGCUCGUCAGACGGCGAGGAGCAGCUGGACCGCCUCCAGCAGGCGGAGCUCACUCGAAGCACAUGCAUGUCACUCUGGAGGGCAGGUGCAGUCCAGGCCUGGCUGGAGGUUGUCAUGGGAAUGCCCAUGUAUACACGAGCCUGCUCUGAAAACGUAAAAAGUGGAAAGGUCCUGCUGGGCCUGACCGAUGAGGAUUUGGAGCUGGGUCUGGGUGUCAGUAAUCCCAUUCAUCACAGGAAACUGAGACUGGCCAUUGAGGAUUACAGGAGAGCCGAAGGGGACCAAGGACUAUCAAAGGCGUCGAAAAUGGACCAUCACUGGGUUGCAACCUCGUGGCUGAGUGACGUGGGGUUGCCUCAGUACUCGCAGACCUUCCAGACUCACCUGGUGGACGGGCGAGUGCUGAACUCUCUGAGCCGCAGAGACCUGGAGAGAUUCCUCAACAUCAGUGACCAGUUCCACCAGACCAGUCUGCUCCUGGCGAUACAGCUACUGCAGAUGUUUAGUUUUGAUAAAGAGGCCCUUCAGGCACAGCGGGCAAAAUGUGAGCUCCAAGACCGGGACCCUAUUGUGUGGACAUGUCACAGAGUAAUAAAGUGGAUCAGAAACAUAGACCUCAAGGAGUUUGCAGAUAAUCUUCAGGGUGAAGGGAUUCAUGGAGCAGUGAUGGCUCUGGAUCCGUCCUUUGACACAGACGCCAUGGCCAAAGCCCUGGGGAUCCCCAGCAACAAACACAUGCUGCAUCGGCACCUGUACGAAGAGAUGAAAUCACUCGCUGUCCCUCACAGCAGUGCAGAGCAGAGCAGUGAAGUUAUCGGGUCCUCUUCGCCGGUGGCUGUGAACCGCUUUGCAGAGGAGAGGCUGUCGAUGAGAAGAUCAGGAAAGAGUCCGCUGAGGUUACAUGCCAACAACCACUCUGUGGAGCGAAGUCUGGGCUUCCACAGCAGCUGUGGUUCUCUGCCCAGAGAGGCCCGAGUUCAGGUUGUUCCCCGGGCCAAAGGCAGCCCGUUGCACACCUACAAGAGUGUAGAAAUCACCAACGUCUGAACCGACCUCCGCCAUCCAGAUCGUUCAUGUUGAUGUUGUUGCUAUUGUUUACAUUGUUACUGUAUUAUAGUUGUUUACUACUGAGAGUGACCUCCUACAUUCAGCAUUGAUUGACUUUUAGGAGUAAGUUCUCUUAAAGGAGUGUACCACUUGAUAUGAAAAUUCAUUAUUUUUAGCCAAUAUUAAAAAACAGAAACAACAAUAAUGUUUGACCCGGAGGAGCUGUCAAAUGGCCAAAUUACUUUUAUAUGAUAAGUUUAUACAAGGUUUAAGAAUAACCUGCAAAAUCAUUGAACACAGUAUUGUUGUCCUUUGAUGUCUUGUAUGAACUAGGUCUCACAGCACGGUUGUUUACUGCUCUACUCUUUUGACUAUUUCUAACAUUACAGUAAAUUAAUGAGUUAUCGGAAUAAAGUCAUUUUAACAUGCUUUCACUGUAGAGAUGCAUAUUAUCUGCUGUUUACACCUGUACUGUGCCAGGUCAGCAGCUGUACACACACACACACACACACACACAAACAUAUAUAUCGGGAAAAAUGUUGUUGUUCUAUGAUUCUAGCACCCAGGUUCAUCUUUAAUAUGGAUUCAGUCAUUUUGAAAACUGGUAAAAAUCUAUCUUAUCAUUAAUGUUACAUAAUAUAUUAAUUUAAUGAAAGAACGGAAAUUGUUUUGGUUUUUAUUUGAAUGUGAAUGUUGAAAUAUUCUUUUUAACUAAAUGUAUCUAGGUUAUACAGAGAUAAAACAUACAACUAAAUGUUGGGUUUGAAAGUGCUGAUGUGUAAUAAUUGAUGCAAAUGAUCUGCAAAUGUUCAUACUGUUUUAGUUAAGUGCUGGUGUAACGACAAGACUUUUCUUUAUAUUAUGAGGUCAGUGGAGAGAAUUUAAUGGUAUUUUUGUACAGUUUAAUGAUGUUUUAUAACACACGGUUGUUUAAAGUCUGUUCCUGAGCAUGAAAAGACACAAAUUAAAUGUCACACUGUGUGCAGCGGAACGCCUGAGGUUAAUCCAAAAAGUCGAAGACAGGUUUGUCUGUCCCAAUCAGGGCGUCUCCUUCAGUCACCAACAGCAAAGUUGUUUAAGCGGGAAGAUUAGACUAGUUCAAACGUGUAUGAACAGAAGGGAAGGACAUCAGUAUUAAUAUGACUGUUUACUCUCUUUCUUCACCCUGCUGUGCGAGAUGCUCAUGUACAACAUCAUUAAAGGUGAAAUUACUCAAAUACAA